CUUCUACUGAGGACUCAGGAGGUUCACAUAUUGAAAGUUAUAGAUCUGCACGGACCUAAGAAUGGUUACUUCAUAGCAUUGGUUACUGGCAUGGAGGAUACUCUGCAAGCCCUUGAUGAUCUGAUUUCCCAGUUCCUUGGCUUGGAGCGGUCCCUCUGGUCCAGUUCUGAUGAUGCUGAUGCCUUCCUAGAAGCUGUGGAUGAACUAACUUCCACCAUCCAUGACCUCGAGAAAACCUCAGCAGAUCAUGUGCUCCUUGAAAGCUUUGACCUCCUUCUAGAGCGUUGUUCCUCGAGGCUUAAGGAUGAGUUCCAGCGCCUGAUUGGUACAUCUGGCUUUGAUGACAACCAUGGUUACCACGAUAUCAAGAAAAGCCAUAAUGAUGACGACAGUCACACACUUGUAGCACUACCGAUUAGAAACUUUGACAUCAUCAUUGAUGCCCUACCAGAGGAUGUAAUCAUUGAGGCAAAUCGAAUUGCAAGAAGGAUGAUUGCUGCUGGUUUUGGUGAUUCAUGUGCGGAGACCUAUGCUUCUGCACGGCGCAGCUUCAUUGAUGAGAGCAUUUCCCGCCUUGGGGUUCAUGCUCACUUGGCAGAAACGUUCAAGACAGCACCAUGGGCGGAGCUUGAGACUCAGAUCAGGCACUGGAUCCCUGCAAUCCGUGUUGUGUUCCACAUCUUAAUCCCAAGUGAGCACCACCUAUGCAAUUGCAUUUUUGAGGGAUUCGCUUCCUACAGUGACCUUGCCUUUGCCACUGCAUGCAAAGCAUUUCUUCAACUCCUGCCCUUCGCCAAAUUUAUUGCUGCUUCUGGACAAAAUCCGGAGUGUCUGUUCUGCAUAGUAGACAUGUAUGAUGUUUUAACUGAUAUCCUUCCUGUCAUGGAUGAAGCCUUUGAUCAUGAGGUGGCUGCUCUUCGUGAAUGCCUCGGAUUGUCAAUUAAGGGCAUAUUUAUGGCUCUAGAGAAUCUGAUUCGCUGUGAUCCAAGUGAGUCUGCUCCAACAGAUGGUGGAGUGCAUCCGAUAACAAGGUAUGUAAUGAACUACCUUAUGGCAGCAUGUGUGUCUCGCCAUACUUUGGAAGAAGUUCUGCUUUUGGAGUUUGGUUGUGCUGAAACAUAUCCUAUAGAUCCUGAUCGUCCAACAUCGUCACUGGCAGUCCGCUUUGCUUGGAUUGUGGAUGUGCUCAUGGAGAAUCUUGGGUCGAAAUCCAAGGUUUAUGGUCAUGUCCCUCUCAGCUGUGUCUUCCUGAUUAACAAUGGGAUCUAUAUAAUGAAGAAAGUCAAUGGUUGCGAGCUUAAGAUCUUGUUGGGUGAGGAUUGGACCAGGGUAAUAUCUUCAAAGGUUCGCCGGUGGGUUUUGGAAUAUCGUCGGGCUACCUGGGGAAAGGCCAUCUCAAUACUUGAGAUGGCCAGAGGGUCUGAAGGCAGUCCAAAUAUUAUGAUAGAGAAGCUGAACCACUUCCAUAACUUUGUGGAAGCGGUAUGCCAGGUGCAGUCACGGUGGGUGUUGGUGGAGAAGAAGCAAGCAGUGGAUUUGAGCAAUUUCGUGGAGGAGCUGGUUAUUCCAGUCUACAGGGAUACAAUUGAGACGUUAAAGGUGACAGGGGCUGGAAGGGAGUCAUAUAUGCAAUCUGAGGAAGUGAAGUCACGGAUUCAGCAGUUGUUCAAAGCAAUGGUGCGGUGAUGAAGUGUCUCUUCUUGUUACUGCUUGCUGAUAUUAUUACUCUAUAGAGUAAAGUAAGCGUGGAAGAUUUUGUAUCCUACUGUUGGUGGACGGCAUGCAAGCAUGCAGUGAUUAUUGUGCAGAGUGCAGAAUUUGGCGCAGAGCAAACAUGCUGAUGCAUUGUAUGGCACUUUUGAUCUUGGAGUAACGCCGCUGAAAUUAUACAAGAUAAUCUGUUUUCAUAUUUGUGGUGCGUAGUUCAGAUUGUAUAUGACGUGAGCAUUCUAAUAUGGUUCCCCUCCCCCCCCCCCCCCCCCUCUCUUAUCUGAAGCAACUAUAUUGGUCACAAGAAAACAAUGUACAGAUCAAUAUUUGCUGUAAGACAGAAUGUGCGCCAUACACAGCAAUGUACGGACGAUGUAUUAGAGAAUUUAGAGGGUCCCUCCCUGUUGACGAUUGGUGUCGGUCGGGAGUCAGGACAAACUGCAAGCUCACGGGGUGUUGGAACGUA